AUGAAGUCUUUUAUCAAGGAAUGGAGUCGAGUGGCGCUGUGUGCGGUGCUGGCGACGUUGGCGGGCUGUACACUGGCCGCGCCCGCACAGCUCUGCGCCGGCUCGGCCGAGGAAGACCCGCGCGCCAUUCGCUUCUGCCAGGCGCUCAACACGUUCCUCGAGCUGUACGCGGAGGCCGCCGGCGAGCAGGUGCCCGAGUACCAAGCUCUAGUCCGGGACUACCCGCAACUGCUAGACUCGGGCAUGAAGAGGCAAGACGUCGUUCACUCGUUCCUCCGCUUCGGUCGCCGGCGCUGA